AUGGCGCUUGUUCAGCGGUUGGGAAAACCAGGUCUCUUUGUUACUAUGACAUGCAAUGUUAAAUGUCCAGAAAUAACAGCUGAGCUCUGUGAUAGUGAAACUGUAGCUGAUCAACCAGAUGUUGUUACUCGUGUUUUCAAAAGCAAGGUAAUUGCUCUGAAAAAACAAACCAUGGAAGAAAAGGUUUUAGGAAGGUGGAAUCUAUGGAAAAACACAUGGGAGCAUGUAAGGAUUUGUGGUUCCAAUCUUGAUAAGCGAUGGGUCAUUCCUUAUAAUCCAUACUUAUCAUUGCUAUUUGACUGCCAUUUAAAUGUUGAAGUGUGUUCUACUAUUCAAGUAGUGAAAGACCUCUAUAAGUACGUUUACAAGGGUCAUGACUAUUUUUCUUUUAAUGUUGUUGGGGAAGGUAAUGAGGGUGUUGAUGAGAUGGAGAGUUUUCAAGCUGGUAGAUGGGUUUCUCAAUGUGAAGCAGCUUGGAGAAUAUUUGGGUUUGAUUUGUUUGAAAUGACUCCUAUCAUGUUGUUACUAGUGCACUUGCCAAAUAUGCAGACUAUCUACAUAAGGUCUCAUGAACGGCUUGAUUCAAUUGUUGAAAAUGAGUAA